AUGUGGCUUUUCCUUCGGGUCAUCUUUUCUCUGGGGAUGCUAAUGCCUGGAAAACUCAGCUUGAAAUUGCAAUAUGAAGGGGAUCAGGUUUUGCAUAUUGUGCCAGAAACAUUUCAGCAAGUCCAGCUUCUUCAGCAUCUUUGCAGCAGUUUACUGCUGGAUUUGUGGAAGCCUCUGCUACCUGAAGACAUUGGGGCUGGAGAAGACCUGCAUGUGAGGGUCCCAGCCCCUCUGGUGCAGGAGGUGAAAGACAGCUUAGAUCAGCAUAUGAUCUCUUACAGCAUCCUAAUACCUGAUGUGCAGGAACUUGUGGAUCAGAGCAUGCCAAGGGAAAGGAGCAGCCCCAGGCAGGUCCCAGAGGGUUAUAACUAUACCCAAUAUCACCCAAUGGAAGAGAUUUAUCAGUGGAUGACUGAGAUCCAGAACAGCAACAGUGAGCUGGUGACUCAGCACUACCUGGGGAAUACAGUCGAGAAUCGACCAAUGUAUUAUCUGCAGAUCAGUCAACCAUCGGAUAAAACUAAAAAGAUCAUUUGGAUGGACUGUGGGAUUCAUGCCAGAGAAUGGAUCACUCCAGCUUUUUGCCAGUGGUUUGUGAAAGAAAUUCUUCAGAAUUACAAAUCUGACCCAAACAUAGGCAGAUUUCUGCAGAAUUUGGACCUCUACAUCUUGCCAGUCCUCAAUAUUGAUGGCUACAUUUAUUCCUGGGAAAAAGACCGUUUAUGGAGGAAAAAUCGUUCUCCAUAUAUGAAUGGCACCUGCUAUGGCACAGAUCUGAACCGAAACUUCAAUUCCUCCUGGGGCAGUAUUGGUGUUUCUUAUAACUGCAGCAGUAUCAUCUUCUGUGGAUCUGGACCAGAAUCAGAGCCUGAGACAAAAGCUGUGGCUCAAUUAAUUGAAAAGAAGAAGAGUGACAUUUUGUGCUAUUUAACAAUUCACUCCUAUGGACAGUACAUCCUCAUUCCGUAUGGCUCCACAACUGAACCUGCAAGUAACAGUGAAGAACUGAUGUAUGUUGCAGAGAAAGCAGCUGCUGCCCUGAUGGAAAAGUACGGGACCAGCUAUGAAGUAGGAUCAACCUCUUUAAUUUUAUACAGUAACUCAGGCUCCUCACGGGACUGGGCUCACAUGAUUGGCAUUCCUUUCUCCUACACAUUUGAACUGAGAGACAAGGGUGCUCAUGGAUUUGUUCUACCCCCUGACCAGAUCCAGCCCACAUGUGAGGAGACUAUGUUGGCUGUGACAACUAUCAUAGACUAUGUUGAUCACAAGUACUUCCCAGGCGGGGCUGUGAUGCUGUCCUCCAGCAGCCUGGGCCUAAGCCUUUACCUCAGUAUCGUACUUACAUGGACUGUUUCUUAA